AUGGCUAGGUUAACUGAGGACAUGGUGGUAGCACGAACCCGAGCAUCUGAUUUGUCUUCAAUUAAAAAACUCAACUGUUGGGGAGGAGAAUUGCAAGACAUAAGUUUGCUCAGACGAAUGAAUAAUGUUGAAGUCCUUUCGCUAAGUUUUAACAUGAUUUAA